CGAAGAAGAAGUACCAAGGAAGCAAGAAGCAAAAACAAACCGCAGCAUCAGACAUAGCUAACAACAAAGAGCUAACGCAAGUUGGAGAAUCCAGACGAAGUGUGUCACUUUACGGUGACCAAACAUAUUUUUGUUCCACGAAAGGAGAUAAUGAACACAGACAACAAGCAAAACCAAGACUAAUCUAUGGGGGGCAAUUUUCAGUAAUCGUUGUCCAAUAUCUGCUAACGCUAAUCCUCCCUGUUGUGUUGUUUUCCUGUGGAUCGAAAACUCCGCGGAGAAAUUUGUGCGACUGUAGGCAUCUCAGGAUGGUGCACAGCAAUGUGUGGUGUGUGGUAACUCGACUGAAUGUCCUUAAACUGGUACUCUUCAGCGCACUGGUGCUCUCGCCUACACAUGCCUAUAUCUAUGCACAUUACGGCAAUGUGACCUCCAUGUUGUUUGAAGACCUACCGGCCUUGUUUGGAAGUCCACUGCCUAAUGACGGCCUGAGGGGAGUUCUGGUUGUGUCACGUCCACUUAAUGGCUGCUCAGCAAUAGACCCUCCUCCUCCGCUGCCACCAUUGUAUGAUCCCAACACCACCAAGUCCAUCGUUCUCAUCAGGCGCCUCGACUGCAAUUUUGAUAUAAAGGUUUUGCAUGCACAGCAAGCUGGAUAUGCCGCUGCAGUCAUUCAUAACGUGAACUCUGACCUUCUACUCAAUAUGAACUACAGUAAUGUAACUAUUGCAGAGGAGAUUGAGAUCCCCUCAGUCUUCACCAGUUACGAUGCAUCUCAAAUUCUCACAAAUUUCAUAAUUCCAGAACCAGGAGCCUAUGUGAUCCUCAAACCUGAAUUUUCUUUUCCACUGUCAUACUAUCUCAUUCCCUUCACUGGAGUAGUUGGCAUGAUCAUUAUUGUGAUAUGUGUUCUCAUGAUUGUACGAUGUGUGCGGUACAGAAAGAGGCUGAGGAAAAACCGAUUGUCCAGGGAACAGCUGAAGCGGAUCCCAACUCACAAGUUCAGGAAAGGUGAUGACUACGAUCUCUGUGCCAUAUGUUUGGAUGAGUACGAAGAAGGAGACAAGCUGCGAGUUUUACCUUGUUCCCACGCGUAUCACUCCAAGUGUGUAGACCCGUGGCUCACAAAGACCAAAAAGACGUGUCCUGUGUGCAAACAGCGCGUCACUCGGAACAACACAGAGCACUCAGAGUCUGAGUCGGAGGAGGAAAGUGGGGGACGUGGGGAGGAGGACCACCGCACUGAGGGUGAAGCAGACUCGGAGCGCACACCUCUGCUUCGACCCUCCAACCCGGGUUCCCCCUCAGGAAGCCCGGGCGCGUAUUCAGCGACCACCGCCACCACCACUACUACUGCCCAGUGCCUGGUCUCACCCGUACGCUGUGACUCUCCCAUGCUGGGUUACGAAGGCUACUACUCCCCUCAGGAGGACACAGACUCAGAAAAUGAUGACACCGAAGAUGACACUGCUCAGCUCAUUGGUAGGAAUAUAGUGGAUGUCUGAUUGCUGGAACCCGCAUUCAGGCUACUUCAUUUUACCUAAAAGAGUCUUUCAGACAUGAAGUGUACUGUUACCACCCUGUAAUUUAAAAAGUUAAGAUUAGCUAGACACUGUCUUGCAACAUUUGUUCACUAUAAGAGAAUCAUUCACCUACUAGCUAGAGGAAGUAUAACUGAAAGUGUCAACACAUUUAGAGCAUCUGUAUUGACCAGUUUUAGCCAAAUCAAACACAGAACAUGAACCCACUUCACACACACAGACUCCACUACUGUUUGCCUGUAGACCUUUUUUUAUGUUUCUUAAAUGUCGAUGAAUUCAUACUAGUGGGUUUUUCAGGUUAUUUUCAGACUCUUGUCGUAAUAAUUCUUUAAAAGAAACAAAAACAUCUGACAGUCCUUUUUGCACAACUUUAACAAGGAUGUGCAAGUGUGGGGAAAAAAGCAUUUUGUCUUUAUUUGUUUUUAUUUUUUUUAUCCCUUCAGCGGCUUUCUUUUUUACAUUUAAAAGUUUUAUAAGUCACUUUUCUCAUACUCCAUAUAUCUUACAAUAGAAUAAGAGAUAGAUGUUAUGCAUUUUCAGCUUCUUCCACAUUGUUGUUGUCAAUCCUGCAUGGGCAAUUUAAGGAGAAUAAUUGAGCUGCAGUUUGUGGAGUUGAAUAAACUCCGUUUUAUAGCAACAACUGAAAGAUCUGUGGGUAUUCUAAAUCAAUAAUAUUGUGAUAAUUAAUGGAGCAUUAUUACUGUUUUAGCUUUUUUUGGUUAAAGUGCAGAUUUCUGAAUCCUUACUGAAUAUAUUUACAUUUUUAUACAUAAUAGAAUAAUAACACAUUGAAACAUGGGACCCUGGAAAAAACAAAACAUUGCCUUAUGUUGGCCUUGAUGUACAUAUGUAUGUAGAUUAAACGGGAAUUGAAGGGACAGAGUUCACACUCCUAUGUUUUACUGUUGUGUGGCUGUAUUAAGUACAGCAGCUUAGAAAGCUUUGGUUUUGUCCUCAGUCUGAAAAUGUGCUUAACAUGACUAACAAGAAAGAGAGUUUCCUCAUUUCUGUGUAACUGUGCAAACUCUUUAACACAGAUAGUUGACGUAAGUAGUUUGACUUGCACCUGCACACAAGUCGAGCUCAGCAGCUGUCGAACAAGAAACUGUUUUUAUCUCCACGUUGUAAAAUAAUAAUCCAUGUUUGGUUCAAUCUACUGUUGAUUUUGAAUUGGAACCAAUGAUUGUUUUCGUAAUCAAUGAAUCUGUCGAUUUUUUUCUCGAUUAAUUGAAUAAUGUUUGGUCGAUAAAAUGUCAGAAAUUGUUGAAAAAUGUUGAUCGUUUUUUUUCCUAAUCUUCAAAUGUUUUGUCCACAAACCAAAUUAUUAAACUUUAAUGAUUUCUGUGUUAUAUGGAGCAAAGAAACCAGAAAAUAUUCACAGUCAAUAAGCUGAAAAAUCAGAAAGCAUGUCCAAUUAUCAAAAACACUUUAAUGGGUUAUCAAAUUUGGCGGUUAUUAAUUUAGUAAUCAAUUAAUAAUCAAUUUUUGUUGCAGUACAUUUGGAGUGGAACAAAUUAGAAACUUAAAAAGUUGAUUCUACUUCACAGUUGCAUCAAGAUUUCGUGUGUGAUUUGAUUAAUUCACAUGUGGAAUUAUUUUUAAUUUUUGAUAACCUUACAUGGUGUGUACAUUUUUCUAAGUAAGUAAAUAUUUCUUACAGUUUUUAUUUGCUGGGAUCAUGUUUCCUCUGUAUUCAUGUUCAGAGAAAAUUUUAAAUGGCAAUUACUGUAAUCGCAUAAGAAAUGUUUCAGGAGUUAUUUUAUCAAAUAAAAUAACAUGCCCAUAUGAUUAUACACAGACAGGCUGCAUAUAAAAUCUCAUUCUGUUGUAAGAAAUUGUAAAACUCUGAAAAAUCAUUGUAACAUUUUACUGCUGAUUGAUUAAAAAUACAUAUAACUCCAUAUUAUUGAGAUUUAAUUUGGAUUUGUCUGCAAAAAUCUGUUUUUUUUUUUAAAUGGAGCUGCUGUUUUCUGUUCAUUUCUGCUCUUUUUUUAUACUUUAUGUCUCACUUUUAGAGACGUUUCAUUGAAGAAAAAGGAAAAAUUUAAAUUAUCGUUAGCUUAUUUUUUUUUUUAGAAUGUGCCUAAUUUAUCACACAGUGUCGAGCAUAGUUCUGAUGUAGAGAGAGCAUUUUAGAAGCCAUGGGAUGUCUGAACAUGUGAGAAAAAGCUCUGUGUGAAGAUCAUGGAAAUGCGACUGUGGUGCCAUUUUUUUGUUUCGACGAGGAAAAUGAUUUACACUGAUCUUACAGGCACACUGACACCCAUAAUUCUUUGUAAUAAAGCUGAUUUGCUUUGCUUA